CAAGUGCGCCGAGGGUGCGUGUUAGCUUUCGACGACGUCGGCAGGAGACAAGUUCUCUUUCCGCGGCGCCGAUUAUCUCCCGACGCCGAGCGAAAGAGGGCCGGCGGCGUUACGCCUCCGAUCGCCCUUUCUCUCCGUCCUGUGCGUUCUGCGUAUUACUUCUAUAAUGUCGAGGUGCGCGGAGCGUUCAGAAGGCUCGCAGCGGAAAGACGAUUGCCAACCUGCCGGGGCGGUGGGUGCACAGUAACUUCGCCGGCUUAACGUGCGUACGCUUAGCCACUGUUCUACAUUCGUUCGCGCUGCGCGCGAACGAAUGUAGUUCGCCGUUGUCUUGCACUCCGUCUCUGGUGCACCUGUGGGUUUCGACACUUCAGAAAAAAAAAGUAGUGCGGAGUUGAAGAGAAUCGCCGGCUGCGGCGCGCGCCUUGCAUUCUGCCAGUGGAUGCGUCGACGACUUCGGAUCUGGAAGCCUCGCACCGGUGGGUUUCAUUGGUCGGUCUUCACCGGCAUCCUUGCGGACGACUAUCGGAGUGAAUCAAACGCCGUGGGAGUGAAAGAGAGAGCAAAACAAAAAGCCAUGACCGAGGAUUACUACGACGAGGAAAGCCGCUACUACUGUGACGGUGGUGUUUGUUUUGCGUGUUCCGUGUGAGUGAUGAUGACGUUGGUGCCGCCGACGUUCUGCGGUCAUUGCGCUGCGCGAUGUGACGGCGGCCGGCGGCGGAAGACGCGGCAGCGUUCCGCGAUCCCUGCCGCCGUGCCGAUGGUGCUACUGCUUCUCCUGUUCGGGCGGGCUGCGCCGGAGCUCGUGCAAGUGACGAAAGACGUCAGCUCGCCGACUUCCCUGCCGCCGUGCGACGUGGCCGGAGUCGCUUCGAGGGACGUGACGCUGCUGAACGGGUCUGAAUUCGAGAUGACGUGCACUCUCACCAGGUGGACCCCUGGUCGGACAUACGAGAUGGGUAUCCUGCGUUCGCGCGACCACCCGGUCCAGAAGUCAGAGACGCGGCUCAACAACGCCACCAGCGUCACCUGGAGGAGACCACACGUGAGCGACGCGGAUGCUGGCACCUACUACUGCCUCGUCCGCGGAGCCGCCUGCGAAUCGGUGUACAGCGCCACUGGCCUCGUUGUCGGCUAUUUUCCGCAGAUGCCUGCCAAACCGUCGUGUUCGGGAGAAAAGUUUGAGACAUUCCAGUGUGACUGGGAGACACCGGACAACCGAAUCGAGACUCGGUACACAGUCAGUCUGCUAGUUGGGCCAAGAACUGCCUUCAGCCGUAUCGAGUGCAAGAAUUCCGUGAGUAUCAAGCCGCGAAAGCUGACUUGCCAGCUGAAGACUUCGGGAAGGCUCAUCUACAGGAUCGAAGAGGAGGUCCUCCGUUUCGAAAUGAUUGGAAGCAACAUGUUCGGUGCCAAAAAAUGGGAAUACGUCGUGGACCACUUUGCCAACGUUGUGCUCGAACCUCCGAAAGUGGUGUACUGCAACGCCAUGGCGUUCAAUGCCAGCGUAAACUGGACGGGAUUGCCUCCCAUAUCGACUUUUCCGGAUGUGGUCUACGAAGUGCGCGUGAAGCACGACAACGGCGAAGACAUCACGAUAUCGGUCCCAAACAGGCAAGUCACCUCCGUGGAGAAGCUCAUACCGAACACCCGCUAUGACAUUUCCGUGAGGGUCAAGUUCGCCAAGGCCAAGGACCAAGUGUGGAGUCCCUUCGGCCAGAGUCGCUACUGCAAGACAAGCAAAACACGACCAACAGUGCUGCCCAAGGUUGCGGAAAACAGCUUCAUCAUCCAGGACCUCGACGACCGCCGGAAAGUACGGCUCUAUUAUCAGCGAGUGCCGAAAUUCCUGUGGAACGGCGACCACAUGAGCUACGUGCUGCACUGGUGCAGCAGCAGUGGAGAGUGCGGCACGCACAGGGUGUCCGGCGAGCGCUCCUACGCGGACCUGUUCAACCUGAGCAGAGUGGAGAGCUACACUUUUCACCUGUACUCCGAGAACGAGCUGGGCCGCUCGAACAGGAGCGUCCGCGUGCUCGUGCCCAGCGCCGACCUGGUUCUGCCGCCGGUGCAACACGCCUACAUGAGCGAGAACCGAGACUCGCAACAGCCUCGCUUCUCGCUCGCCAAGUGGGAAGAGAGGAGCCUGGUGCACCACUACACGUUGUUCUGGUGCCGCCAGGACAGGAAGGACGCGGAGUCCUGCGACGGAGACGUGUCCUGGGCGUCCGUCAAGUCAACGGGCGACGCCCUGACGGCGGUGGGCUGCGCGAUGGCGGGACUAUGUCGCUACGGCGUCGCCACGCGCUCGGCGCAGUCCGUGUCUUCCAUGGUGUGGAUCGAGUGCAUCGUCCCGCGUAGCAAAGAGUACCAGAGCCUAUUCCAAGGAGAAGACGCCGUGCACUACGACGAAGUCACGGACACAACGGUGCAGCUUGCCUUCCUCACCAAGUGUUCCGGCCUUGUUGCCAGCCGCGUCGUGCGUGUGUGUGCCGUCCAGGAAAAGGAGGAGCCUCAGCGCAACGAGACGUCGUUGGAAGCGGUGGCUGCUACGAACGCGUACAAUGCAACAGACGCUGAUUCAACUGAGUGUUUCGAGGAGCUCGCGGGCCCCGAAAAGACGGUGCGCCUUUCUAAUCUCAAGCCAGCCACCACGUACCAAGCCGACGUAAAGACAACGCUCGAAGACGGAACAACAGUUAACCAUCGCCUCCUUAUCUUCAAGACUCAAGCCAAAUCAUCAAUCUUCAUCGCAACUUCGUUCAUCGUGUUGUACGUGGUUCUGAUCAUCGUCGCCGUGGCAGUCGUCUUCUCCUGGAAACGCAUAUCGGAGUAUAUAUCAAUCUACAAGAACACCCCCAUCAAGGUACUCAUCCCUGCAGACUUCACAAAGGAACCCAUCAAGAAAAGCGAAAGCAUACGCUCCAACCUGCGAGAGUAUGUGUUGGGAAGAAAAGAUUGUCCCUACGGAUUGCCACAGAUCGUACCAAGGGAAGCCCAAGAAGUUGAAGAUAGCCUGCAUUGUCCGGAACUUGACCUUCUUAUCGGCGAAGGGUGCUCCAGCGAUCCAAACGAACUCGACGCUGCUGAGACAAGCCCUGCGGCUGAUAAAAGUUUUUCUGCCAACCAGCCGGCGGCUGGUUAUUCUGUCCUGUCCACUAUACUGGACGAUACACCAGUGCCUGGCCCAAACUCAGCGUACUCGAAGCUUUCUAGCUUGCGCGAAGCGCCGGAAGGCAUGCCAAAGCCUUCCCUACUGAAUGACUACUCCAGGCUGUCUUCGAUGUUCCUGAGCGCGCACGCGCCCUCAGGCACCGAGAAAAACGCGUAUAGCAAAUUCGCAGCCUUUCUCGAGAAACAAAGCACAGGCGACGAUAAAUUACCAGAGACCCUGAAGACACCCGAUUGCUCCAUGCCCAUGGAAAUGGGAAGCACGGAUAAGGCAUCGCCUUACGUCCAGGUUGGCGAGAACGGCGCCAAGAAGGUUGCUGAGGCCGAAAUACCCAUGCAGCCUUACGCCAAACUGGGGUGCACGUCUUCAUUGCCGCCCGACACUGGCUCGUCUAGUCGGGAGCCCCUUCAGAAACCGGAAAACGGGCUUACUGGGUACACCCCGUUUCCGUCGUUGCUCUCUAUGGGCAAGCUGUCUGAAGGCCAACCGAAGACGUCCGCGAAACCGGAGCAGCCCGAGAAUCCAUGCCUUGAAGACAGUGCAGCUGGGCAGAGUGAUCUCAGCCAGCCUUACGCUCAAGCCAGCUUCAACGCGUCUCCGCGUGGUGUCGCGCUUUCUGAAGGUCGAGACUGCGCGGGUCCCUAUACUAUUCUGAACAUGGACGCGUCUCUCGGAGAAGCGAUGGACACUCUGCCGGGAGUUCACCGCGUGCCACCCUACGUGAAGGCCUCGCGAGAACCAUCGAGCGCUUCACUCGGCUGCGAGUCGUCGCAAGCGAAGAACGACGAGCCUGCACCCGCCUACAGCAAGGUCGGCGCCCCAACGGCGCCGCUACCGCAGGACUGUCCAGACUCUAGCACGAAGCAGGACUCGGCAACCUGCCAUAGGUGUCCAGCGGUCGAAGCGCAAUCGCCUGUUCCCGAGAGCUCUUGCGACUUCACCGUGCUGGCGCCGCUUGCCCACGCUAAGCCUGGGAGCAGCAGUGUGUUUGGUGAUCGAGACGAACUUGGCGAUGAGUGGGGACCGUGCGUGGAAGAGGGCACCGACCUCUUUAGUGUCGAGUAUUCGGUACGGGCCUCCAAAGAAUCCAUGAGCGCAAAACCUACACUACGCGGUGGAGGUUACACCUCUUGGGAAGCCCUGGCAAAACAGAGAGACCGCGAUGGGGACGCACGAGUGCACGCCGUAAAGAACGCCUGAUUGGUGUUACGCCUCAGCUCAGGGUGUUUUCAACGCGUGGCCCAGUCUGUAAAUUGCAGUCUUCAUCCCACAUUUGUUUUUAUUCUUUCAAUGAGUUCAUGAGCUGCGCAGACAUGACCGAUCUCAUCCAUCUUAAUUUUCACGAGGCACGUCAUUCGGUCACCGUGUGUUUAAACAUAACCGUGGAACAAAACCCGUGAUUCUCAAUCUGCAUUCAAAUUUCAGCUGUAGAUCAGUAGCAUACGUUUCUGAAAACCUGAAAUGACCCAUAUGCUAGACAUCGGAAAAAUGUUCCCUCACGAUCCCGACCCAUUGGAAAACUCAAUUUCGCAAUUGCGGCUCGCUAGGCGAGUUGAGUGCCAGACUCCCACUUUAGCAGAAAGGUUAUGCCACUGAUACACACCGAGGAAUGGUACGGUUUGUACAGGAAAAGCCUUCCGGAGGCGAAUUCCCUUAGCAGCUGUACACGCAGGCUAUUAUGAGUGUGCUUGAUUGUACCACUGCGACGAAAUGCGCAUUACAGCAUGAGUCAAGUUCGUGCUAAGAUUUCUCAGGGCAAUGGUGAUGCUUCGGCCACUCAGCCACACUGUAAAGCUACAAUAAGGCUGUUUCGGUUUCGCGGAACACCCUCAUCGUAUGGUGUUAGUUAUAGACACGCAAAACACACUUAAGUGCACACACUGUUUACAGUGCAUCCUGGUUGUAAAGGGCUUUUUGUGCUUCGGGAGAACAGAGAUCUAAGAAAAGGCGGCAAAGUUUACUAUAGGUGCAUGUCCGGUGUGUUGUCCUAUACCAGGGGAAACUGAUAGAGUUAAAGCCAGAGAAGGGUACAGAUUGGGUAUAGAGAAUGGUGGUGGAUACCUUUUUAUUGCUUUGUUUGCUCCUGGAACGAUUUUUUCGCAGUGUUCUCAAAGAAAGUGAGUGGCAGGAGUGCAUUUAUUUUGAAACAUUUGAAUGCACGGUCAACGUCUAUGACAUUUUAUCGCCAAAUCUUCAGCGCAUAGCAUUGCUUCAAAUUUUUAGACCUUUUAUAUCUUUAAAAAAUUUUUUUAAGCUUUGGUUCAGACCUUCCUCAUAGACACACUUAUAACGGGUACAUUUUUCUAUGGUUGUUUGAGCUCUACACGGUCAACUUGUGGGGCGGUACUCAUGCUGAUCAUACUUAUACUAAACGAGGCUAAUGAUUACACUCAGGUGAAAAAUUUUAUGCAGGGAUUUUUUUUUCUUAUAACAAGUGAGCAGCAUGCACGUCACUCAUAUCCGCAAACGCUAAAGAGUAAUUCACAUUUGUGGCUAGAAUUGGUGGGUAUACCAACUUGGUCGCAAGGCGACUCACCUCACAUGGCCGCUUUCAUCCAAAAAGGGCCCAGUCACUCGCUGCUCAUUUUUGUUAGUCGCGCGAUUGCAGUCGCACACAAAUCAACUAAUCAUAUGCGCAGGACGAGGACAUAAGCCUACAUUACAAGGCACUGGCAGUGCGGGCAGAAAAGAAGUCUGCGUGGCAACGGGUAUAGGCCGUCCCAGGUGGCCUAAAUGUCGUCUUGAGUCUGCGGUUUGUUCGCCUGUCGCCAAAGGCGCACCCAGAAUUCUUUAGGGGGCGGGGGUCAAUUGCAGUGCAGCGUUCUCAUACCACUUCGUCGAAUACGAAAGAACACAGGCUUCUCUAUGAAUGUUAGAAUGGAAAUGAAGCGACGACAUUCCUUGCAAAGCCUCCACCUGCCUUUGGCCUCCUGCUUUUCGGCAGUGCGACACAGGGGAAUAUAUGGUGCUAUUAUCGUCAAAGUCCUUCUUCGCCAUGUCUCUACACACUAUACAAUUACAGAAUAAAUCCGCCUGACGCCAUUCGCAGAAACAUCCCCACCCCCUGAGCCCAACGUAUGCACGCCUGAAUCAUUCUCAAGUCAUAAGCGGGAAAACUAUCUAAAGAAAUCCCCGUUUUCUCCAUUCCGUCCGCGUGUCUAUUCCGCAGUGAUGGGGAUCGCGAUUGCAUGGCAGUUAUUUCAAGCUACGAAGUGCCUGAAAAAUAAGUACCUGCUCUGCCGCACAACUGUGCCAAGAAAAGAAUAGCGUGACACAGAAGAGAAAGGAAUACUCCGGCUUAAAGUGUUUAAGUACUUACGCAUACAUUUACAUUUAAAAAAAUCAUUAAGCACUACUGCCACAUCAAGUGUUAAAUGACCAUCUUGAUGUUCCUUAAUAACGAUCUAGUCGUUUUACACGCGUCUUUCACAGGACCGAAAAUCGAGCUCGCUGGUCAACGACAUGAACCAAGAGCACAACAGUGUCUCCUUGGUAUGACACCGUCCAUUGAUAUUCCUAGGCAGAACACGCCGUAAUAUGAAUGUUUUUUUUUUUCGUGUAAACUGUAAAUACAACAAUAAAGUUUUUCUGACGUUUUGAGAA